GGUUCUGCUUCUUUUUAAAAGUAAAAGUUCCAAAACAUGUCAAACUCUCCCUCUGCUACUGCGGUGCAUGAUGUAGUGGUUGUAGGAUCCUGUAUGACUGACUUGGUCAGCUUUGCACCACGUUUACCAAAACCUGGAGAAACCAUACAUGGGCACAAAUUUUUUAUUGGAUUUGGAGGAAAAGGAGCCAACCAGUGUAUCCAGGCAGCACGACUUGGAGCCAAAGCAGCAAUGGUUUGCAAGGUUGGGAAUGAUACCUUUGGAGAAAAUUACAUUGAGAACUUCAAAAGCAACGGCAUAUCUACAGAGUAUGUGGCCCAAACAAGUGAAGCAUCGACAGGAGUUGCCUCUAUUACAGUGAAUGAUGAUGGGCAAAAUGAAAUUGUAAUAGUGGCCGGCGCUAACCUGCUCUUAAAUUCAGAAGAUUUAGAACAAGCUUCCAAUGCAAUCCGUUGUGCAAAAGUAGUUGUCUGUCAGCUAGAAAUUCAAACUGCCAUCUCAUUAGAAGCCUUAAAAAUAGCACAUGAUGCUGGAGUGAAAACGAUCUUCAAUCCUGCUCCAGCUACAGCUGAUCUUGAUCCUGAUUUCUACAAAAAGACAGAUGUCUUCUGCUGCAAUGAGACUGAGGCAGAGAUCUUAACUGGUGUUGAAGUGUCCAAUGUUGAAGAUGCUGGAAAGGCAGGCUCCAUACUGUUGGAGAAGGGUUGCUCUGCUGUGAUCAUCACAAUGGGAGUGAAGGGCAGUUUGCUGAUGUCACUGGAGAACCAAACUCCUUGCCACAUUCCCACAAGGAAAGUGAAGGCAGUGGAUACUACGGGUGCAGGUGACAGUUUUGUGGGUGCCCUCGCGUUCUACAUGGCUCACUAUCCUUGUAUGGAACUGGAAGAAAUGAGCAGGAGGGCCUGUGACAUUGCCACUGUGAGCAUCCAAUCCCAAGGAACACAAACUAGCUAUCCCAGCCGAGCACAGCUCCCACAGGAGUUAUUUUAGGCAAGACUGUCUGUUCCAUGACAAGAUGAAGAAUUGAGACAUUCUAUG